CGAUUUAUAACAGUUAUUCUAGACAGCUAAUUCUUGCUUAUCUGCAAUGGAUCCUGGCUUGUGCAAAUUCCGUCAGCUACGUUAUUAUUACGACGUGGCAGAAGAAAAGUGCAAGGAAUUCUACUAUUCAGGCUGUUUUGGAAAUGAAAACAAUUUUGUGACAAAGCCGGCAUGCGAAGCAAAAUGCAACGGUGUUUGCGCCACUCAUGGAGCAGACAUGACCGCAGAAGAUUGCUGUAAAAACAGUCUGAAAGAUCAGUGCAAAGGCGAGCCAGUAUUAGAUAUCGAUUUUUCUGACCAAGAAACAAAGCAAGGCAAAGUUGUCGUCGGUCUUAAAUUACAAACAAAGAAUUUGCAAUGUCAACGAGUAUCGAGAUAUAGGAACGCCGACACACUUUCACUGUCGACUGUUGAAAGCACGGUGGACGGAUGCAAUAUGAGAUGUCCUCAUUUUAACUCAGGAACAAAGUAUCUAGUUGUUGUGAAAGGUGCCACAAUCAAUCAAUAUAUAUAUAUAUAUAUUAUAUAUGCCUUCUUAUCAGUAAUAGGAAGUGAUAUUCAGUCAGUAACAGAAGUGAUACAACUUUGUGCCGGACAACUAGGAGGUGGGGUUUGUACUGAAUCUCAACCGACACCUCCUCCUGGAAAUGAGUGUAGAGCCACUGCAUAUCAAUAUUAUUACAAUACUGCAACAUCAGAGUGCGAAAGGUAUACUCACGGACCGUUCUACGAAGGACACAACAGUUUCUUUACAUUGGACGAUUGUAAAGACCAUUGCGUCAAAACUAAUUCUUGCUUAUCUGCAAUGGAUCCUGGCUUGUGCAAAUUCCGUCAGCUACGUUAUUAUUACAACGUGACAGAAGAAAAGUGA